AUGAAUGUGCUGGUUAUGGCAAGAGUCAUCCAGGGUAUCUCGGCAGCGGUCGUCUGGACGGCUGGACUUUCCAUGGUUCAACGCACAGUUGGCUCUGAAAACAUGGGCAAGGCCAUGGGGACGAUGUAUCCCAUCAUUUCUGUCGCCGAACUCAUCGCGCCGAUCCUGGGGGGCGAGCUGUACGAAAGAGCCGGUACUCUCGGAAUGUUCUCCGCUGGAGCAGUAGCCCUCUCGGUCGAUUUCGUCAUGCGGCUUCUGGUUCUCGACAAGCCAGCGGCACCAGCCACGACCUCCUCGUCAGUAAAAUCGAGGUCCGGAUCGGCCCUAGAGGCGGGAGAAACCGACCCAUUGCUCCGCGCAAACGGCCGUAUCGUCCACGAGGAAUUCAAGAUACUCAAGGACCCUCGCGCCAGAGUGGACGAGGCCUUUCCUUUCCUACACUGUUUUCUGGACCCGAGGAUUUUUGUGGGGCUAUUCCUCUCCUUUGUUCACGCCUCGAUGGUUGGGACGUUCAACGCCACGUUACCCACGGAGGCACAGUCGCUUUUCCACUUCUCAUCGCGCCAGGUCGGGCUUCUCUUCAUUCCGUUAAUUAUUCCCUAUCUCGCCUGCGGCUUACCCGCUGGGAUGGCGGUGGAUAGGCGGGGACCUCGAAUCAUGGCAGUGGCGGGCUUCAUCUUCCAAGCCCCGUGCCUUCUACUUCUCGGGAUAUCUUCGCGGGACGCGGUUCCGGGUCAGGCUAGGCUCGCGCUCUUCUGCGUCGCUCUCGCGCUGAACGGCGUGGGCAUGGCUGUCAUUAGUCUGCCGGGUUUCGUGGAGGCGACCAACGUAACGCAGAAGUACGCCGAGGCCAACCCGGGCUUUUUCGGCAAGAACGGGCCUUACGCGCAGCUUUACGGGAUGGACUCGCUAUUCAUCUUCUCCGGACUCGCAUUUGGCCCUCUCGGGAAAGAACUUGAGAAGGAGAUCACCGAUGCCUGGAUCUUUGUGUAG